AUGAUCUUUUUUUAUCAAUUAAUAGAUAUAUCAACACAAAAUCGGAAUCAUCUGAGCAGAAGAAUUGAUGAUAUUCAUGAUGUCACAGUGCCAUCGUUAAUAUCAAAAUCACCGAAAUCACACGUGCGCAUAAAAACUAUACAAUUGGCAGAAGAAUUGAAUGAUGAAAAUCAAGCAAAAAAAAUCAAAGAAGAUUCAUGCGAUAAAACAACAGUAAAUGAUAAUGUUUCUAUGAAGCAGAUCACCAAUGACGUUAAUAAUCGUAAAACAGUUGGAACAAUAAGAAAAUUGUAUGCAUCUUUACGACACUCUAGUAAUUAUAUAAGUUCAUCGUCAGUUGAGAAUUCUAGUGAUAUGACUAAUCAGUCGGAAAAAUCUCAACUAGAUGAAACCAUAAAAAUAAAAAUUUGUUCUAAAACCAUUGUGUUGAUCAAAAUCACAUUCGAAAUGGACAAAAUCUAUGUUGAAAUAAUGGAUCAAAUGUUGAAACCUGAACGACAAUGUUUGGAACGCAUUGUAAAAUAUAAUACAAUGAAAUUUUAUAAUAACGGUGCCAGUAUUCUACAGUGUUAUCGACAACGUUUACCAUCAGCUGUUUUACAAGACUUUUUAUUUCUUGGAAAUUUUGAUCAUGCUUGUGAUGUUGAACAGUUGCAUUCACUUGGCAUCAAACAUAUUUUGACAGUAUGCGAUGAAUCAUUAAAUGAGACGAUAUUAAAUAACUUUAAUGUAUUUCAUAUUAAUUUGCGUGAUUUAAGUGAAACAAAUAUUAAAGAACAUUUUCAAUCGACAAAUGAUUUUUUGCGAACGUGUUAUUCGAAAAAUGAAAAAGUCUUGUGUCAUUGUCAUGCAGGAAUAUCACGUAGUGCUACAGUUGUAUUGGCCUAUCUGAUGAAGUAUCAUUCAUACACAUUUGAACAAGCCUAUUAUUAUCUAUCGGAAAAACGAAUCAUUAUUUGUCCAAAUAUUGGUUUCUUAAAACAACUUGUUGAGUACGAGCACGAUCUUUCAAAAGACACUUCAGAUCAAAAUGAUAAAGAAAACAAACCUAUGUAA